CACCCACACCCCGGCAGUGUUUGAGCACGGAAACAACAACAACAACAACAACAACAACAACAACAACAACAACAACAACUUCUCUGGUUGCGUUCUCCCGCCAUGUUCCGCCGACUGAGAGAACGGGUCAACGACGCCGUUUCGAACGCCGCGUCGUCCCUGUCGAACGCCGGCAAUUCCUCCCACGYGGGGGUCUCGGAACUCGCCGCGAUGGGCUUUGGGGAAGAAGAGGCGAGGCAGGCCCUCCGCGUCGCCGACGGAGACGUGGCGCGGGCCACGGAGUGGUUGCUGGCCCACGGCUCGCCCGUCGGAACGGCGGGAAACCCCAUCGAGCUGCCCGGRCGCACCGGAGCGGCGGCGGCGCGGGAAGACGCCGAGCUGCAGCGCGCCAUCCAGGAAAGCCUGCGAACCGAACCCGGCCGGACCCAGACCGGAGGCCGGCAGCGGAGGCAGCGGUCGGCGGCGUCCCGGAACGCGGGCCUCGCGGCGGCGUCCCGAAACAACACGGAACCAAAGCCGAAGCCAAAGCCGACCCUCUCGAAAACCCACCCGGGGGUGCAGAUGCCCAAGCGGUUGUCCCAGCACGACCAGGAAGACAUCAUCGUGCGGUGUGCCAGCCGCGUGGCACCCUAYUCCCUMUCGGUCGACACCCUGCUGAGGUCCCUGAAAACCAUCCAGGGCGAUCCCUUCAAUCGAAAGUACCACACCGUCGACACGACCACCGCCAUGUUCCAKCGAUCGCUCAGCGCACCGGGAGUCCUGGAUUUUCUCAAAGCCGUCAAUUUCCACCCGAACUACAACAACCGGAGGGCCCUGACCCUCUCCCAUUUCGACGCCGCCGCCUUUUACCUAGGGAUCUCGGCGCUGGAACAAGUGCAGAAGAAUUCGCCGGAGUAUUCCAAAGACAGAGCUCUYCGUCWGUUUCGGAAGGACCUGGCGUUGGCACUGUCGGCYGCCGACAACGACGUCGAAGAAUUGUCGGCGAGAAAGAAGUUCUUGUCGAAGCUUCCCUCCGAGCCRACCAAGGGGGGAUCGCAGAUUACGGUCGAAUACGGCAUCGUAUCGAACACCACCAACGCCGAAGGCACCACCAACGAGAAGGCGCCGCAGUCGUUGACCAAAAUCACGAGGGGAUUCGAUCACGACGACACGCUCGACGACGUCGUCAACUGGCUCGGGGGCCAGGCAACCGMGAUCCCGGAAAAACUCGAGGCGGGGGAAUGGAAGCUGGUGGAUCGCAAYCGGCAGGGUGCCGGGGAAGACUACAACUUCCACCGCCUCGAUCUGGGAGAACUGAGGCACAGAACCCUCCAGUACGUCGGGUGCUGGCCGUCGGGAAGGCUCGCGAUCGUCCCGAAGUUGUCGCCGUGAGAAGCCGCCCGGCCGGCACCGAAACAGGGCUUUCGCUACAAGCCUUGUAGUUUGGUGUACCGCACGGCAUGGUCGGAAUUCAAUUUAAAUCUUC